AUGAAUCGCGGAACAGUCGCCAUCGCUGUUGUGCAACACCAAGUGAUGAUCAUACAACUCGUACAAGCCGCAUCGGACCACUCUCACCGUCGUAGAGACCGAUGGUUAGAUGUGUACACUUAUACGCCUUUUGGCGACCACCUGUUCCUAGCUUCAUCUGUCCCUCAGGCGCGCAUCGCCCCCUCAGAUCUUCUUACCGUCUUCCCGUUUCGCACCACCACCACGGACAUGAUUGAACUGCCUGCACAGGAAUAUCAGGAGUUCCUGCAGCUCAAAGCCAAGCAUCAGAAGAAACAGGAGAAUUUGUGGCGCGCCUGGAAAGCCAAGUUGCGCUGA